AUGGAUUUUAUUGGAAGACGAUACUAUAAAGUCAACAUGUUUCUUUUGUGUAGUCUUGGCUUAUGGCCAUCUCAGACAACAAAGUGCAUACAAAUUAAACCUAUAUUCUUCUAUACUCUACUGUGCUCCUUUUUAUUUGUACAGGUUAAGUUGCUGAUGGAUGAAGUACAAAAUGACUGGAACGCUUUAGAUGACAAGAAGGAAAUCGAAACAUUGGAAAAAUAUGCUUAUAUAAUAAAUGUUUUUACAAUUAUUCUUAUGCUAUUAUUAUGUAUCAGCAUAAUCAUCUUUACCUUUACGGAAUUCUUGCCUAUUUUACUCGAUAUUGUUGUACCAUUGAAUGAAUCUCGACAACAUACUACAUACGUGCCGAUGGAAUAUUUUAUCGAUCCUAAAAAGUAUUUUCUUCUUAUGUUAAUACACGAAAUUUUCGCGUUUACCGCAGGAGGCUUUACAAUUAUUGCUACUGGUACAAUAACUUUAGCUUAUGCGCAACAUACUUGUGGAAUGCUAAAAAUUAUUAGUUUUGCAAAUCAUCACACUUUAUCUGAGAGAUAUCGUGCAAUCGUCUUUAGGAUGUCUUCAGGACAUCUCUUGGAUGUUUGUGCUGUAUGCGAAAUAAUAGAAUUAUCCCAAAGAUUAUGGAUGGACUUCUUUAGGACUUCGGAUUUGGAUGUCCUGUGGAUGUACAAUACAAUGUGGUAUUUAGCUCCAAUAUCUAUACAAAAAUUGCUUUUAUUUGUGAUGCAAAAUUCUCUGAAAACUCACACCCUAACACUUGGUCAUAUUUUUGUAACAUCUCUAGAAGGAUUUUCUACAGUAAUAAAUACUUUAUAG